UUUAAGUUUCAUUAAAAAAAAAAAACAAAUAAAGAACCAUAGCGAUGAGUCCAGCAAAAAUGUCGUUACCAUCAUACGAGGAUGCAAUUAGACAUUGUGAUCCUGCACCAAGUGCAGAAAAACACGUUUCUCUCGAAGUGCCAAGUUCAUUCAUGUCGAACCCUAACUCAGUGGAGAACUCAACGUCAGGAAUGCGUUGUGCUACUUGUUCAGGUCCAUUGGAAAUCACCGUAAAAUAUCAUAUAACCUGCGAUACACAUAUCACAUUUUUGGCAAUAUUUAUUCCCAUUCUGAUUGGUGUAUUGAUUUUGAUUCAUUUUGACAUUUUCCCAUUGAAAUACAUUUUAUUGAGUUUUCUACCAAUCACAUUGAUCUGUUACUAUUUGAAGGGUUGCCGUCAACCUAGGAACUACUGUUCAUUUUGCGACAACCGUGUAUGAGCGCAGUGAAU